GAAGACAUGUAUACCAACUCAUAAGUCUUGUAUGACAAAAAUAUAGCAACUCACCCUUGCCAGGAGACAUGUUUCUCGAACGAAACCAAUCUGAAGCGGAAGACCUGAAUCUUUGACGUAUACGAUGCAAAAUUGAAUUUAGGGUUAGAUAUAAAAUGGGGAAAUGGGCGGAUGCUGACUUGGCCUCCACUGUAUACGAAGCAAACGGCUCUUAAGUGCCACACGAGCGUUUUUAAACGGUGGGUUAGUUUUUGUACUCGUUUAACACCAAACAACCGAGUAGAAGGAUGAUUGCGUUUGAUUUGUAAACUGAUGUACUCUUUACUCUACGGCUCUCAACUUGAUAUAGUGAAGUAACCAUUUUCUCAAAACACAAAAUGUAGGUGAACCCUCAUACUCUAACUUAACAUUGAGGGUGACAAAUAGCUUUGGAGCAAUUCAUCUACCUACAUGACGAAUUCUUCUACACCAGAGGAUAAUCCAUCGGCAUAGCUAUUGCUAUACAUCUCCUCCAGUAAUUCAACGCCAAGAUAGAAUCAAAACAAACACUUCAUAUAAGAGAAAAGGACCACAUAAACGAAUACAGAGUAUAAUAAAGAAGGGGUGGGUAUUUUAGUUUGGUUUAAUCGAGUCGAAACCGGACCAUAUACAAUUUCGUUUGAGUUUGAUAGUAUUUUUUUCAAACUAUAUUAAACCGAACCGAAGCGAAACUGUUAAAAACCGAACAAACCGAACCGAUCUAAAGAAAUUCAAUAAAACCUUCAUAUAUAUUUUUAAAAAUAACAAAUCCAAGUCAAACCAAAUCGAAUUAAACCGUACCGAUCCAAACUGAAUAAUAGUAUGGUUUUUGUUUAGUAAUAAUUCUUCCAACCCAUUUCAUACUAAACCGAACCGAAACCGAUAAAAAUCAAAUCGAAAACCGAUAUGCCCACACUUGUUAGAAACCUAUGAAGAAUUUGAAAAUAACGCUGAAAUAAAUAAGAUGAGGAAGACAACAUGCUUAAAAUAGAGAGGGCACAAAAGGAAGAGACACCAAUUAAACGUUGUCUGUCAUAUAGUCUGUUCGGUAAAAUCCAAAUUGGUUGUAUUGACUAUUGACGGAUUCUGCUGAAAUUGAUGAAUUUAUGGUUGAAGUGUCUCGAUUGUCUGAUUCUGUUGAUUUAUGAGAAAAAUAUUUGAAAUAUAUUUUAUUAAUAAAACAAGGAAAAAAUUAUAUGAAAAAACAACUAAAUGACCCUCUAUAGUAACUUCAACUAAUAUAACUAAAAAGUAACUUCAAUCUUACUUUUUCUUAUUAUUACAGAAUUCAGCACACGUAAUCAAAAGUUAUUUGUUUAAUGAAAAUGUUGGCUGACAAGCUGAAAACAUGAUCACCAAACGAGUUCUUAAUUAGCAUUUCUAUUUGUAGCCUUUUGGGUUCAACAAGCUAGUCUAUCUUUCAUCUAUUGAAUAUUUAAGAAGAAAAGAAGGUAAAAUGUAGAAAAGGUAAAGUAAUUGAUCAUUUUUUAAGCAAAAACCUACCAAAAAGAGAAAGUGUAACAAAAUUUUAAAUACAUUUAAAAAAGAAAAGUGUAGAAAACUUUAAAAUACAGAGAGUAAUAAUUUUUAUUGUUUACAUAAUCAAAAUUAUUAAUUAUAGUUAAAAACCUCAAAAUUCUUUUCCCAAAUGAGGACUACCUCCGUGUCAUUUCACUUAUUUUAAUUGUUUUCAUUGCUCAAGAUGAAUGUCAUAUUUACUUUUUUGGCAAGAAAUAUUCUAUCAAUGUCAUUUUAUUUUAUUCAAAUUUUGAUUAUAAUUUAAAGAUUGUUUGAUAGUUUACAUGUUAAAUCUUUGCACGUAAAAUGAUUGCAUACAAAGUUUAGGGAAACAGUCACUUUACAUUUAAAAUAGAUUACAUUGUUUGUCUAGAUGUAUAAUUUAUUUUUAAUAUGCAUGCAAAAACAUUGCAGUGCUUUAUAAAAAAACAUGCAAAAUAUUUUACCACCUUCCUCCCACGUAAAAUACUUUCAUGAUACAGUGCAAAAUGUUUUUAAAAAUUGUAUAACAGUUUACAUUAAAUAAUCAAACUAGACUGUGUUAAUAUUUUUUGUUCCUUCACUUCACAUGCAAAGUAGUUAUUUUACAUCCUAUAAAAAGCGCACUUAGAUUUUAAUCACUUUAAAUAAUUUCGCUAAAUUCUGCUUCGCUCGACGAGGGGUGCGCUCUUCAGAUAGGCAUUUUCGGCGAAGGUAGGGAAGUAGAUCUUCGUCUUUGUCCAUAGUGUUGGGUGGCUGGCCGGUGGUUGCAAGAACGAAGAAUGGAAGAUGGAAGAAAUCGCUAAAAAAUGGGAGUAUAAGGAUAUGGCUAUCGGGGAUCAAGAGGAAGAACCGAUAGCCAUAUCCUUAAAGGUGGAAGCCAUUAAAGGUGGUUACCAUUCUCAGUAAGGGACAGGGUGAAGGGCACUGGAUUGACUUUAAAUAUGAGAAGUUGCCUAGUUUUUGUUUUUCUUGUGGUAUUAUAGGACAUGCUGGCAGGUUUUGUCCCCUGAUUUACGAAAACAUAUCUGUGGAUACCAACAAGCUAGCAGUAUGGGGUCGGCCUACGCGCAGGAGGAGGGGGGAAAGCCCACACGUUUGGGGGGGGGGGGACAAAUGGUUAGUCCAGAAGGAUCAAGGGAUGGAAGUAGGGCAGACCGAGAGGAUGGAGGGAGAGCUGGUCCGAGCAGGCAGGGAUGACACUUUCUUUGGCUGGGAACAUUAAGAGUCGUACGGAGGAUGAAGAAAUAGCGGAUGUGGAUGGUCCACACAAGUGGAGAGCCAAAACGUAGGAGGACAGGGGAAGAAGAUAGUGGUGAGAGGGACAAGAGGGAAAAUAUGGUCUUGGACGACCCAAAAAACGGAGAGAGGGCGAGUUUAGGCACCUCGACCCGCCGAGUACUCUGAAGAUGCUCUUAGCUGGGAAGGGGUGCUAGUGCUCAUUCAUGUGUUUCAGGAUGCAAGUUAAUUUCCACGCUUUUACUAUUUUUAUUUUCAUGCUAUGCUAUCAGACUUUGUUUUUUUUUUCCUUUACUGUUGUGUUGAUUUGUCAAACUCUUACAUUAGGUGGGGGUGAUGAGAGUUUUGCUCUGGCCACAUUAGGCUCAUUGCCUCAUUUAGACCCAAUACACGAUCGGCGAAUCAUAUUGUUGCCUAGGGUGAUUGGUUCUUCAGCUGGUUCGAGGGUCAGUGGCUGGAAAGAUUUCCUUUAUCAUUUGUGUCCCUUGCUGAAUGUUUUAUUAUCAAUAUAAGUCUUCCUAUUACAAAAAAAAUAGUUUUGCUAAAUUAAAUAAUAAAAAACUUUCCUUCAAAAAAGAAAAAAAAACUGUUUAGGAGGACGUAAUUUUUAAUUUUGUUGAGUAAGGCUAAGGCUGAUCACCGGACUGGCACAAAAUCUGGCUAGCGAAGGAGGAGGAAUUAUCCGGGCAAAGAUCUCAGACGGCAGUCUUUCCCGCCAUUCCACCCUUACCGGUAUCAAUCAAAAGUGCUCUGAAAUGGCGACAUCCUUCGCGGCACGAGCGCAUCCUUGUACUUCGCAUUUUCUUCAGUCAUCUUCACGACGGUUUACGGUAGUUCAUUAGUUAUCUAUCCAGCUAUUCUCUACUACCUACGUCGACUAUUACUUGCUCUUUUCUCUCACAUCUCUUUGCAGUGUUAUUUGUGGAGUGGAGGUUUUAGGAGCGAGAAGUUCAAUUCAAAUACGUGUAGAAAAUUGGGCAAAAGGAAUCAGAGGAAACCUUUGAUUUGUGCAGUCAAAGAAGAUGAUGAGGACUCAUUCAAGCAUUCAGUAGAAAUGGAUAGGCUAAUAGAUAUGCUGAGGACCGCAAAUGAUAGAGAAAUUCGGAAACUUGUUGCAGAGAAUGUCUUUGUUUUCAAUGAGAGCUUUUGGAUGAGAAUAGCUGAUAGAGCAGAUGCCUGCAAAUCCGAAGAUGACAAGAAAGACCUUGAAGAACUGGCGUCAAUCUUAAUGGACACGGUUGAUAGUCUUGUGCAUAAGACCCAGGAAAAGAUAGAGUCGGAUACAGAUGUGCUUAAAGCCAUCUUAAGGCCCGUAGUUCAUGAAGAGGAGGAUGUUUUUUGGCCUCCAAGAGAUCCUGAAGCUCUCAGCCUUUUGGAAAAAGAAUUAAACCAAAGGGAGCAAGAAGGCCAACUAGAUGAAGGAUUUCUGUCCGAAGUUUAUGCACAACUACGUAAAGUGAAAGAUGGGGACAAGCCAGGGCUUCAAGCUAUGCUGCAAAAAGUUCUGCAGCUCUACGCUUCCAGAGUUCUCUCUAAGCGUAGUUAUGCAAGAAAAGGGAAUGUGGUGCUAAAAGCUGAACAGCUUCUCGAGACCAUAAUCAAAGCUCCAGAAGAAGAAUGGAACAGGUUGUUGGGGGAUGGAAUGACUGUGGACAAAGGUGAUGUCUCACCUGAAGAGUUUAAUGCUGUUGUUAAGAAGCGAAUAGAGCGAACAAUAAUGCGGACGCAAGGUGGCUCUUAUGAGCAGCGGGUUCUUGUGGAGUAUUUGAAAGGCAUUCGCUCCAGAGCCGAGGAGAUUGUCGUGGUCUAAGAAUUAUGCAAUACUCAUCUCUCUAUUUGCACAUGGGGAUGCAUGUCUAAAAGAAAUUUCUCCAGAAAAUUUUUGCACGUCAACACUGGUUGGAGUUCGUAUCCUUCACACCGGAAAUUCCAAUUAAACUGUUCUCCACACGAAGUCCAACAUAACAGAACAACCGUGAAAUCACUUGUGCCAAAGGGGGUUUUAGCUGGAAGGAUCAAUUAUGUGCUACCCAUAUUUUCUGGUCGAUAUAAUAUUAACUUUCCUAUUUUAUUAGCCCACGGAUUACUUCUAUGGCUCGGGUAUUAUGCUCCAAUCUUUUGCGGGUUACGUUGCUUCUUUGACAUGUACGUUUUGGUCAUUGAAAGGGUGCUCCACCAAACUAUAUUGUGGAUGUGCUUCGUGAUGAUAGCAUUUACGUUGUUUCUAUGACAGGUAGUAUGUUUUGGAAGGACACUCCCCCAAUUCCCCAAAUUAUAUCGUGGAUGGGCUUCAUGAUGAAUGUAUUUAUGAGAUUUUAAUUCUUGACAAAAAUAUAUACAAGUAUUAUUUAACUACUGCAAA